AUGAGUGCCAUCAUCAUCCCCAAGAAUGCCCUCCACCUGGACACUGCCCUCCGUCACCAUAUCCUCUGUCAUCCACGCCUGUCCCGCGUAACCCAGCACAUCUGCUGGUCAAUCCAACCACAGCCUGGCCAACGCUAUGCGUUGCGUCCUCGCUCUCAUCCUCACCCUACUGGGCCUGCUCUCGAUCUCGCACGCGUCGGCGAGGACUUUGUCUUCUCAAUCCUCCCGGGCUCGUUCGCCUCCAACUCUACGGUGACUUACGCCGCGUCCACGCAGUCACAAUGGCUCCAGUUCUCACCCGCCAACCCGUCGUUCUACGGCAAGCCUAGCGCCGCAGAUGUCGGCGAGCACAACGUCACGCUCACUGCCACGGACGCCACAGGCACGGCCAACUCGACGUUUACGUUGAUCGUGUCCAACUACUCGGCGCCGAUCCUCGCCAUGGACUUUGCCAAGCAGAUGGCCGACCCUAAGCUGGCUGAUAUUGCUAGCGCAAAGGUCAUGCCUGGGGGUAAUGGCGUGUCGGUGCUCCCGUACUGGUCCUUUGCUCUCGGCUGGAACGGCAACAUGUUCAAGCGCCCCGAUUCGAACGGCAACGGCAACCUGUUCUACUCGGCCCAUGUCCGCGGCACCACUGGCCUCCCGGACUGGCUCACGUGGUCGAACACGACGUUCACCUUCAACGGCGUUGCCCCGGCUAAUGGAUCAUACGAUGUCGUCGUGACAGCCACCGACUACUGGAACUACACAGCCGCAUCGUCGUCGUUUGUCUUCUCGGUCGGCGACGGUGCAGUCGUCGAAAACUCGAAAGCUUGGCCCGGCAUCAAGACUACCGCCCGCAGUUAUGUCAACCACUCUCUCGACCUCUCGGGGAUGCUGCUCAACGGCGACAAGCUCGAUGCAGCCAACGUCGAGGCUACUCCCGACCUCACGAACGUCAAGUGGCUGUCAUACGACAAGACUACGCGCACCAUCUCUGGUACGACCCCAGACUCGCUCGUCAAUGGCACGAUGGCUCCGUUUAACAUCCCCGUGACUCUCUCCUCUGCCAACACCUCCAACACACUCUCCUACGUCUCAUAUCUCAACGUCACCGUCGUCCCCUACGCCUUUACCGCUUUCCAGCUCCCAACGACCAACGUCUCGGCCGGACAGACUUUCCAGUUCGACAUUUCCCAGUUCGUUGUUAACAAGACAUCCACCGCGUCCAUCAACGCGACUGUCGUCCCCGCCGAAGCAGCUGCCUGGCUGCUGUACCACCCUGACAACUACACCCUUGUUGGCGCCCCGCCCAUCAACAUCACCUACACUUCCAUGAAUAUUACCUACGUGGCUGAGACGGACGGCACGGUUUCAUCUACCAACGUGCUUAUGCCCAUCGAUGGUGUCACCGGUCCGCAGGGUGAUGGUGAGCCUGCUCCCAUCCCCAACGCUCCCAAGAACGGCGGUCUCUCGCAGAAGAACAAGAUCAUCAUUGGUGUUGUCGUCGGUGUCGUUGGCUUCCUCAUCCUGGCCGCGCUUCUCCUCUGCUGCUGCUGCCUCCGCAAGCGCAGGGCAGGGGCGAGUGAAGGGCCCUAUGGCAACAAGGAGGGUACGCCCGAGACGUUAGUCAACACACCCAACGGCAAGAAGUCGCUGCAAAGCAACGGUGUCAGCCCGGCCAAGAUGAGCGACAGCCCGCGUCAGUACAUCAAGGGUCUCUUUGGCACCGUCCACGAGCCCUCGCUCCCGACUCUCAACAGCAAGGACUCGGCGUUCCACUCGUCGCGUCCUGCGUCCAACAACAGCUCGUUCAUGGGGGCCGGUGAGCUCAUUGCUGCCGCCGGUCCCAACGACCGCCACCAACGCCUCUCCGAGUUUACUCAGUCUGCUCCCAGUGCUGAGUCACUGGCCAGCUGGGAGUCACGGCCGUCCAUACACUGGUCUGGCGAGAACGAGUACCUUGAGCCGUUAUACGAGAGCGAGGGCUUUGACGCCUUGUCACCAACGCCCGAGUCGAUUGCGCCAACGCCCACUGAGGCUGAAGCUUCGCAGCUCGCAACUCCCACUUUCGGACCCACGCUCGCCGUCGGCUCGUCGUCUGACACCCAGCGCUCCAGGACAAGCCCCACAACCCACUAUGUUCAUGGACCCGAGGGAGACGUCCCACGCCCCCGCGCCGGCUUUGUCCCCAGCUACCCGCGCUGGAUCAACAAGGGUGACCGAGUCCCGCCACUCUCGUCCGAUGACGUAUCGCUCUACUUCUCCGAGUUUGACAAUGAGAACUCGAACCGCAACCUUGUCACCUCGCGAUCAUUAACUGCGUCCCGCUCCCUCGACUCGUUUGCGGGUCAGGGCUCGGAGAUUGUCGGUACGGGCUCUGGCUCGCGCCUGUCGCGCAACUCGCAGUCUGUGAACAGCAACGCGUGGUGGAAGGGCUCGAACAUGUCCUCUCUCCUUGCCCGUUCAGACGACAGCUACUCUGGCGACGCAGUGGUGGCAACAGCCCAGCGCCAGAGCCUCGACACGCAGCGUUCGUCGCUGCUCCCGAACGAGGUCAUCGACUUUACGCACCGCGACCGCGACCUCGACGUCGACGCGUCCCCUCUCACCGGAGGACCCAGCCCUGCGAUCUCAGCACAAGCCGUGACGCCCACGACGCCCGACCGGCCCCUGUCGUACCUCGUGGUCCCGAGCUACGUGCACCCGAUGUACAGCCCGCCGAAGAAUUCGUCUCCGCGCCGGCACUCGUCUUCACGGCGGAUGCAGGCGCGCGCGUCACCAACCCCGACGAGAGACCACAUCCUUCGCGGGGAGCCAUCCGUCGAGGUCGUGUACUCGGCCCCGCUGAGCGGGCAGGCUCUCUAG